AUACCCCUCUCUCUCUCUUUCUCUCUCAUGAAGUCAUAUACAUGUUUCUCUCUCUAAAACGCUCGUUCUUCUUUAUCUGCAAUGCCCAUUAAAUUUUUCAACAUUUUUUAUAAUCAUCUUUAUCUCUCUUACCUCAUUUCUCUCUCAAGUUUCCAUCUUUUUCAAUCUCUUGCAGUAAAAAUUACAUUUUUUUAUUUGUUAAAUUGAUCAAUCAAUCUCUCUGGCUAUCUGUAAGAUUGGCAGAUAUAUUAUCUGAUUCUUGGUAGGUUAAAUUUAAUGGGUCAUAUUAGUUACUUUGGUGGAGAUUCUUGGAGCUGAUCUGGGUUUUGUUCAUUUUAUGUUCUUGAUUAGAUUCAGAGAAUGGUUCAUUUUGUUAACUAGUGUGUGAAGAAUUAGAUGGUUUUGAGCUGUAUGAUCUUGGAAUCGAUUUGGGAUAAUACUGAAAUUGACAAGGGCAACAUUUGAUGAGAAUUAAGGUUUUGUUGUACUUAGAGCAUUAGGAAAGAGCUUCUUUUGGAUAGCAAUAUGGAAGCAUAUAGGGUGUUAGAAGGUGGUGUAGAUGAUAAUCAAGGGACUGUUGAGAAUGAUGGAGUUUCCGAUAAUUCAGCUGAUUUGAAGCAGAUUGAACAUGGAAGACCUCCUAGGCAUCACUCCGUUGUCCGCCAUAGUGUAACUUCUCUUACAGAUACAGGACCUGCUGUUGAUUUGGAAUCUGACUGUGGGGUCCAUGGCAUUAAGUCUCCUAUAGAUAGAAACUCAGAAUUCGUACCAGUGUUUCGGUCAGGAAGCUGCGCUGAGAAAGGAGUGAAGCAGUAUAUGGAGGAUGAACACAUAUGUAUAAAUGAUCUUCUAGAAGAAUUAGGUGCAGGUGCAGAUGCUAGUGCGAAUUUCCCUUCGGGUGGAGCUUUUUAUGGGGUGUUUGAUGGUCAUGGUGGUAUUGAUGCAGCAUCUUUUGUUAGAAAAAACAUCCUCAAAUUUAUACUUGAUGACUCUCAUUUCCCUGUCUGCCUGGACAAGGCGAUAAGAAAUGCCUUUUUAAAAGCAGAUCAUGCGUUUGCCGAUGAAAAUCAUCUAGACAUCUCCUCUGGGACUACUGCACUAACUGCUCUCAUAUGUGGGAAACUGUUGGUUGUAGCCAAUGUAGGGGAUUGUAGAGCUGUUCUAGGGAGACGUGGGCGAGCAUUUGAGUUGUCUAAAGAUCACAAGCCAAAUUGCUCAUCAGAGAGAACAAGAAUUGAAAGACUCGGGGGAGUGAUCUAUGAUGGGUAUCUUAAUGGACAAUUAUCUGUAUCUCGUGCUAUUGGAGAUUGGCACAUGAAAGGUUCAAAAGGCUCUGCCGUACCCUUGAGUGCAGAGCCGGAAUUGCAGGAGAUUGAACUGGCAGAAGAGGAUGAAUUCCUAAUAAUAGGAUGCGACGGUCUCUGGGAUGUGAUGAGCAGCCAGUGUGCUGUAACAACAGCAAGAAAAGAACUAAUGCUGCACAAUGAUCCUGAGAGAUGCUCCAGAGAGCUAGUAAGGGAAGCCUUCAAGCGCAAUAGUUGUGAUAAUCUGACUGUUAUUGUUGUAUGUUUCUCCACCGAUCCUCCCCCUCCGAUAGACGUUCCCCAUACCGAGGUCCACAGGAGUAUAUCAGCGGACGGACUUAAUCUUCUCAAAGGUGUUUUAGGUGGAUGAAAAAUGUUGAGGAUGAAGGGAGACCUGUAAAGAAGCGCCUGUUCAAGGGAUGCAGCAUCGGCACUAUUGGGUUGAUUUGGUUUCUUAAUUUUGGAAAAUAUAUAACUUGUAGAAUGUUGUUUUAGUCUGUUUAUUUUGUUCUGUUAAAAAUCAUGUAAAAAGUUGAUUUGCGUCGUUUGUUGGUUACUACUUGCUAGGUCCUGACUCCUGAGGAGUUGCCUUGUUGUACAAGAGCUUCACUUGUUAUUUUCUGUCAUAGCUUUUUUAGCUGUAACCAUAGUUCUGAUGAUCUAGAUUUGCUUUUAAAUGGGCAUAUGGCAGUUGUAGAGGAUUGGUUUACCA